GGAACUCGCUGCCGGCCUCUGGUCGAAGGUCGUCUCGGCGAGCGCGACGAUAAUAAUUCAUGAUAAUUAUUGAUUCCUACUGCAUUCAUUGGGCACUUCGCUCUGAUUGAUAAUUAAUAACGUGUCGGCAAUUUACAAGAGCGGCCAGUGUGGGGAUAAUUCGUGUUUCGCCUCGAUCGCGUUCGUGACUUAACGUCGCCGCGAGACGGAGACUGUCACGAUGUUUACUCCGCUGCGGUGAUUGCCGGGCAGCGCUCUGAUCAUUCCCUUGUUCAGUCCCUGCGUUCCACCAAUACGAUCCACUGGCACAUCCAUCCCUUCCCUCCACACGCCGCAGUUCCCAGGUUUUUCGUUUUGCUCGUCGUUAUUCACUUGGACGCAAUCGCAGGGGGCCAUGCCCUCCCCGUGGUGGCUCGCAGUGUCCCUGUGCGUGGCUGGCUCAGCUCUGCUGCUGAGCCGCCUUGAGCCGCCCGGACGACUCCUGACGCGGCUGCAGCAGCUGCUGCUGCCCGCUGACUUCUUCCCUUCGUCGCCGUCGUCGUCCGGGCAGCAGAGGCUGCUCACGAUGUCAGAGCUGGAGCGAUACGACGGUCGUGAGGGCAGCCCGGGGCUCUACCUGGCCAUCCUGGGCCAGGUGUUUGACGUGAGCAAGGGCGCCAAGCACUACGGACCGGGUGCUUCAUACCAAGCCCUCGCAGGGAGAGACGCGUCGCGCGCCUUCGUCAGCGGGGACUUCUCCGACGCCGGGCUGGUGGACGACGUGUCCGGACUGAGCCUCGCGCGGAUGCUGGGCCUGCACGACUGGCUGUCCUUCUACCAGCGCGACUACGUGUACGUGGGGAAGCUGGUGGGCAGGUUCUACGACGAGCAGGGUCGGCCCACGGGAGCCCUGGGUGAGGUGGAGGAGGCCCUGGCGCUCGGGCACAAGGCGAAGGAGGAGAAAGAGCUGCAGAAGCGGAGAUUUCCGCCCUGCAACUCGGAGUGGAGCGCGGCCAGUGGGAGCAGGGUUUGGUGCGGCAAGCGCAGCGGUGGUGUGGAGCGCGACUGGGUGGGAGUGCCCCGCCUGCUGUUCGCUCCGGGCUCGAGUCCGAGCUGCGUGUGCGUGCGCACCACGGGCCCUCCGUCCGACGGGACCGCCGCGUCCUCCGAGCACCCCAACGCCGGUGACCUGGAGCACCCCGGCCUCAAGCCCUACCGGGAGUGCCCGCCUCUCGCCGAAUCCUGCGUCGUGCUCGCCGACUAAGAGCCGGCAGCCAUGGCCGUGGCGACGAGGCCCGGGCCGUAGCGCGACGGCCGCCCCGGUUAAUGCCGCGCGGGUGUUCCGACCGUCACAAAACGUGUGCCAUCCGCUUCGCAGUGUGGGCGUUCAUUAUAUUUGUGGUGUCGUUGGAGAGGAGGAGGAAAUUGUGGGCUGGCGUCAGUGGUGCAGGUCUGUGGGCCACGUGCGGUCUACACUCGGUUUCAUUGCAGGCCGUGUUGGUGUUUAAAACAAACGGUGAAAUUUUGUCAACAAAAAUUAUACAUUUUUACUUUAGCUAGUACAACUUAACUCAAGCCUCCAUUAAACUGUAUUUAAACAUUUUUCAUGAUAGCUCUUUGACUUCCACCCAUCAGCCGCAGAGGAUUGGGUGAAGCAAGGUGGUCAAGGAAACUGAUGAAGGAGGGUGACUGAGCCGAUGAAACCUCACGAAGUGCAGUGCUGAUUCUGGCCAUUCCUGGCCCGCUGUUUCUGGCCCAGCAGAGCCUGGUUCUCGGUGAUAACGAAAAGGAGCCAUGAGCGCAGUGCUCCCUGUCGGUACACAAUGGUUUUCAGCCACCGAGUUGUAUUUAAAUUGUAAAGUUACCUUUAUUGGAGGUUGUAACUCCAUCUUGAAGUGGCUGGUUGGCUCAGGAGUCGGAGCAAUGAGCCCCGCACGGCUUAGAUUCGGAGUCCGAAACAAGGAAACCCACCUGUGGUUAACCCGGGUUCUUGAGCGCAGUGAGGCGAUGGUCUGAUUUGGUUGUUCACUGCAUUUGGAAAAUGUAUUUGGCCAUUUUUAUUACGAAUUUGAAAUGUGCGCUUGACUGCCUUAUUACGAAUGCUUCUCUGUAGCGUUACGUGUGCAAAAAAAGUGUGUAGAUAAAAGAGGUGACUCGGAAGUAGUUGAGGGAUAUCUCGUUCUGCGGGGCUAUUGUCUAACACUGAUCGCAAGGUGUCUAAUUAAAUGAUGUCAAUAGCACAAUUCCAAUGUAAUUGUGAAAUAGAAAAAUAUAUAAGAAGAGAGAUUGGAACUGCAUCCAGUUCAGUCCAAAUCGUUAAUUUGGUGAUGGCACUUUUCCACUGAUGAUCCCUCUGCCAAGGAUGUACCGUUAAUUAAGUAGGGUGUUAUUGUAUAUAUAAACAAUUUAGUUGAUCGUUGUGGCAUUUGUGGUUGGGGCUGUAACAAUGUUAUUUCAUUGCAAAGUGAAAUCGUGCUGUGAUUAUUAUUUUUGUUCCAAUAACUAUGGUCAUAACUCAUUGAAUAUAAUAGAUUCAUUAAAUUUGUUAAUUUACCUUCUACAUACGUAUACGUUCAUGAAAGCAGCGGCAACUUGGUAACCAAUAUCUCAGUCGCUCUAAGCGAAUGUUUUGUGAUGAGAAGCUGAUUUCAUUAAAAUCAGGGAACGCA